CCACCAUGAACCAUAAGGUCCCGAUACGAGUUGACGGUAAAUUCAGACUUGGAGAUGUUUUGGGAUCUGGUUCAUACACUGUUGUGUACCACGCUCGGAACAUCAUCAAAGAUGAUGCAGUUGCCAUCAAACUCGAAUCCAUCACAGCCCAGCCAUCUUCUGUACAGUGUGAAUAUGCCAUUCUGAAACAACUUGAAGGUGGAGUUGGGAUACCCCGCGCUCUCUGGUUCGGUCGAGAAUCAACAUAUCAUGCUUUGGUUCUCGGCCUCCUUGGGCCAUCACUGCAUGAUCUUUUCCUUGCACAUGAUCGAAAAUUUAGCCUUCAUACUGUUGUCAAUCUAGGAAUCCAACUGCUCUCAUGUCUUGAGUAUAUCCACUCAAACAAUUAUGUUCACUGUGAUAUCAAACCACAGAAUGUCUUGGUGGGCCUUGGCCAUUUGAAGCACACUGCAUUUAUAAUCGAUUUCAGUAUCGCGAAGGAAUACUGGGACACUGCAACCAGAGUCCAUAUUCCCUUUCAUCAAAAUCAACGUCUCACUGGCACUCCUGCCUUUGCUUCAAUCAACAACCACUUAGGAGUUGACCCGGGUCGUCGUGACGACCUUGAAUCGCUUACAUACAUGUUGAUCUAUCUGUUAUGCAGCUCCCUUCCAUGGUUAACUAGUGACCACAAGAAACUCUCCAGCUCUUCCAUACUUGAGCGCAAGGUCAACACCACCAUUGAAGUCUUAUGCGAUGGAAUUCCCAUCGAAUUCACAAGUGUUCUCAUCUACAUGUGCUCUCUUGCGUUCUCGGAAGACCCUGACUAUGGGCAUCUUCGCUCAUUGUUUUGUGGUCUUCAAGCCACCUUGGCUGUGCCAUCUACAUGCUCGCUGGAUUUCAGCAUGCCCAAUAAUCACAUCACACAUCACCCUCCAAUCUCCAAUGAACACUAG